AGGGCAGUUCUGUCCGUGGUCCCCGGAAGCGGAAGUUCCCCGCACGCUGGGGAGAGGAGGAUGGAGUCGGCAGAGCCCGCGCUGAGAGAGAUCGGCUGUGAGCAGAGCUUACUGAGCCGGCCUGAUGGGUCUGCCACCUUCCUGCAGGGGGACACGUCGGUCCUGGCGGGGGUUUAUGGUCCGGCGGAGAUUAAAGUAAGCAGAGAGCUGCACGACAAAUCCACCAUCGAGGUCAUCCUCAGACCCAAGGUGGGGUUACCAGCCGUACAGGAGAGGAGUCGGGAGCAGCUGAUCCGGGAGACGUGCGAGUCGGUUAUUAUGGGAUGUCUGCACCCCAGAACCUCCAUCACUGCCGUGCUUCAGAUCGUUCACGACGCUGGAUCCCUCCUGGCCUGCUGCCUGAACGCUGCCUGCAUGGGGCUGAUGGAUGCCGGGCUCCCCAUGCGCGCUCUGUUCUGCGGGGUCACUUGUGCGCUCGAUGCCGACGGCCAAAUAACGCUGGAUCCCAACACCAAGCAACAGAAGGAGAGCCGAGCAGUUCUGACUUUUGCUAUAGAGAGUUUGGAAAAGAAAGUGUUAACCGUCUCCUCGACCGGGGCAUAUUCUGCUGCCGAGUUCCAGCAGAGCAUCGCGGCCGCUCAGAUAGCAGCCCAGAAAAUCUUCCGCUUCUACAGAGACUCCGUCAGGAGGAGAUACUCCAAGUCCUGAGGGGACGCCCCAAAGCCCCUGUA